UGUUUAUUCACGCGAGUCGGCCAGUUCACAUUUCUGAGAUUAUCGGAUUCUCGUAUUACAGUCCAAGAGUUUUAGGUAAUAAUUAAAUGGGGAGAAUUUAUUUUGCAAUUGAUAUUUUACGUAUUGUCAAAGUCUAAACUCUGAUAAAAUAAGCAAAAUGUCAGGAAAAUCUCAGGUAUUACGACAUUUUUGGCGCCCAUGUUCGUACAGAUCUUGAUUUCGAGCAGAGUUUCAAGGCCAAUUCAGAUUUACUUUAGGAAGUAUCGAUGCUGGGUGAUGGUGGCGCUAUUUUCGUAAUUCCGUAUCAGCUGAUAACAUGACCACAUAUGACACGACUAGACUGCACUGGUCGUGCCAUUGCGACGACUUCCUCUGUGUUCACGAUCUAGUGCACACGGCAAGAUUUAAGAGAGAUAUUUUUGUUAUUUUUUUUUUUGCUUACAUAUUUUUCACCGCGAUUAUUGUUAAUUAUUGUUUAACAAAGAACGAGCAAGUGCGAUUAAUAAAAAUCGCGACGUUCAAGGAAUCGUCGGUUUAAUCGACAUUACAUCAAAAUGAGUAGCCAGAAGACGGUGCCAAACAGUGUCAAGUUCCUCAUUGGUGGCACUUCUGGCAUGGCAGCAACAUGUUUUGUACAGCCAUUGGAUCUAAUAAAAAAUCGCAUGCAAUUAAGCGGUACAAAAACAACAACAAUAAAUGUUACAUCAUCAAUCUUAAAAAAUGAAGGUGUUUUAGCAUUAUACUCGGGUUUAUCUGCUGGCUUAAUGCGGCAGGCUACAUAUACUACCACUAGACUUGGUAUAUAUACUUGGCUUAUGGAACUUUCUUCAAAAGAAGCUCAACCAAGUUUCAUUGUAAAAGCACUACUUGGUAUGGUAGCUGGUUGUGUCGGAGCAUUUGUAGGUACACCUGCCGAAGUAGCUUUAAUUAGAAUGACAGCAGAUGGAAGACUGUCUAUUGCUGAAAGACGCAAUUACAAAAAUGUGUUUGAUGCGUUAUUUCGUAUAAUUAAAGAGGAAGGUCUUUUUACAUUAUGGCGCGGUGCCAUUCCUACUAUGGGUCGCGCUAUGGUUGUAAAUGCAGCACAAUUGGCAUCGUAUUCUCAGGCAAAACAAGCAUUGUUAGAUACAGGAUAUUUUAAGGAAAAUAUUGUACUGCACUUUGCAAGCUCAAUGAUCUCUGGUUUAGUCACCACUGUUGCCUCCAUGCCUGUAGAUAUAGCUAAAACAAGAAUUCAAAACAUGAAAACAAUAAAUGGCAAGCCAGAGUUUACGGGCGCGAUUGAUGUUCUGACCAAAGUCGUAAGAAAUGAAGGAUUGUUUGCAUUGUGGAAAGGAUUCUUCCCAUAUUAUGCACGUCUGGGACCUCACACAGUUUUGACAUUCAUUUUCCUAGAACAAAUGACCGCUUCUUAUAAAAACUACCUGACAUAAUUACAAUUGUGUGCUUUUGAAAAGUUUUAUUAAUGAGUCAAAAAAUUGAUGACAAUUUUUUUUUUUUUUUUUUUUUUUUUCCG